GGAGAGAGCCAGGCGUAGGGGCGGGGGCGGGGGACCCCUUCCUCCUAAUCCUCUCUCCAGGAAUCCCUGGCUUUGGGACAGGACGGCUGUCUUUGGCUGGGGGAGGCGCCCGGGCCGGGUGCAUGUCCUGGGCCUCCGGCCAAGAGAACAUGAUGUUCCCAAGUGCGCGGGCCGCCGCCCUCUCGAGCUGGCCGCCUCCCAAACCACUGCCUCUCCAGCCUCCCUGUCCCACAUUCCCCGGCUGCCUCGCUCCGCCCUCUUCCUCCGCUUUGACGUCACCGCUCUCUCCCGCCCCCUCUCCUCCAUUGACGGCAGCAGGGCCCGGUUACUGUGGGGACUGUGAGGCUGGACGACCAGGGCCUUGCGAGCAGGUACUGCCUGGGAUCGAACUUCUCAGUUCUCAGAGGCUUGCGUCUCCCACCUCGCUCCCCCAGCCAGGCCGCCCGGCCCCCUCGUGCGCUCUCGUGGUGGCCUCUCUGCCUGCUCUGUUUCCCCCUUGCCCUCCCCAUGGCGCAGACAUGAAUGGCCCCCUGGAAGGGGCUGAUGGGGGAGGGGACUCCGGACCGGGGGAGUCCUUUUGCCCUGGAGGGGCCCCAUCCCCUGGGCCGCCACAGCACCGGUCUUGCCCCGGCCCCAGCCUGGCUGAUGACACAGAUGCCAACAGCAAUGGCUCCAGCGGCAAUGAGUCCAACGGGCCCGAGUCCAGGGGCGCAUCCCAGCGGAGCUCACACAGCUCCUCCUCUGGCAACGGCAAGGACUCCGCCCUGCUGGAGACCACUGAGAGCAGCAAGAGCACAAACUCUCAGAGUCCCUCCCCACCCAGCAGCUCCAUUGCCUACAGCCUCCUGAGCGCCAGCUCCGAGCAGGACAACCCGUCUACCAGUGGCUGCAGCAGUGAACAGUCCGCCCGGGCCAGGACCCAGAAGGAACUCAUGACGGCUCUGCGGGAGCUCAAGCUUCGGCUGCCGCCAGAGCGUCGGGGCAAGGGCCGCUCCGGGACCCUGGCCACGCUUCAGUAUGCUCUGGCCUGUGUCAAGCAGGUGCAGGCCAACCAAGAAUACUACCAGCAGUGGAGCCUGGAGGAGGGCGAACCUUGUGCCAUGGACAUGUCCACUUAUACCCUGGAGGAGCUGGAGCACAUCACGUCUGAGUAUACGCUCCGCAACCAGGAUACCUUCUCCGUGGCGGUCUCCUUCCUGACGGGCCGCAUCGUCUACAUCUCAGAGCAGGCGGGUACCCUGCUGCGCUGCAAGCGGGACGUGUUCCGGGGCGCCCGCUUCUCUGAGCUCCUGGCCCCCCAGGAUGUGGGCGUCUUCUACGGUUCCACUGCCCCAUCUCGCCUGCCCACCUGGGGCGCCGGGGCCUCGGCAGGUUCAGGCCUCAAGGACUUCACCCAGGAGAAGUCUGUCUUCUGCCGUAUCAGAGGGGGUCCUGACCGGGAUUCAGGGCCUCGGUACCAGCCAUUCCGCCUAACGCCGUACGUGACCAAGAUCCGGGUCUCAGACGGGGCCCCCGCGCAGCCAUGCUGCCUGCUCAUUGCAGAGCGCAUCCACUCGGGUUACGAAGCUCCCCGGAUCCCUCCUGACAAGAGGAUCUUCACUACUCGGCACACGCCCAGCUGCCUCUUCCAGGAUGUGGACGAAAGGGCCGCCCCCCUGCUGGGCUACCUUCCCCAGGACCUCCUGGGGGCCCCAGUCCUCCUGUUCCUGCACCCUGAGGACCGGCCCCUCAUGUUGGCCAUCCACAAGAAGAUCCUGCAGUUGGCUGGCCAGCCCUUCGAUCACUCCCCCAUCCGCUUCUGCGCCAGGAAUGGGGAGUACGUCACCAUGGACACCAGCUGGGCCGGCUUCGUGCACCCCUGGAGCCGCAAGGUGGCCUUUGUGUUGGGACGCCACAAAGUGCGCACGGCACCCCUGAACGAGGACGUGUUCACUCCUCCGGCCCCCAGCCCAGCUUUGUCUCUGGACUCUGACAUCCAGGAGCUGUCCGAACAGAUCCACAGGCUGCUGUUACAGCCGGUACACAGCCCCAGUCCCACCGGGCUCUGUGGGGUCGGCCCCGCCGCUUCCCCGGGCCCUCUCCUCAGCCCUGGCUCCUCCAGUGAUAGCAACGGGGGUGACGCUGAGGGGCCCGGGCCUCCCGCCCCGGUGACCUUCCAGCAGAUCUGUAAAGACGUGCACCUGGUGAAACAUCAGGGACAGCAGCUUUUCAUCGAGUCCCGCGCUUGGCCUCCGCCCCGGCCCCGCCUCCCUGCCACAGGCACCUUCAAGGCCAAGACCCUUUCCUGCCAGUCCCCAGACCCGGAGCUGGAGAUGGUCCCUGCUCCAGUCCAGGCUCCACUCACCUUGACCCCUGAGGAGGUGGAGAGAAAAGAAGCCAAUGGUUGUUCCUACCAGCAGAUCAACUGCUUGGACGGCAUCCUCAGGUACCUGGAAAGCUGUAACAUUCCCAGCACCACCAAGCGUAAAUGUGCCUCCUCCUCCUGCACCACCUCGUCAGCCUCCGACGAUGACAAGCAGAGGACAGGUCCGCUCCCUUUGGGGGCCAAGAAAGAUGCGUCGGCGGUGCUGUCCGGGGAGGGGGCCGCCCCACAGAAGGAGCCGGUGGUGGGAGGCGCCCUGAGCCCGCUCGCCCUGGCCAAUAAGGCAGAGAGCGUGGUGUCCGUCACCAGUCAGUGUAGCUUCAGCUCCACCAUCGUCCACGUGGGAGACAAGAAGCCCCCGGAGUCGGACAUCAUCAUGAUGGAGGACCUGCCUGGCCUGGCUCCAGGCCCAGCCCCCAGCCCAGCCCCCAGCCCCACAGUAGCCCCUGACCCAGCCCCAGAUGCCUACCGCCCGGUGGGCCUGACCAAGGCCGUGCUGUCCCUGCACACACAGAAGGAGGAGCAGGCCUUCCUCAGCCGCUUCCGAGAUCUCGGCCGACUGCGUGGACUUGACGGCUCCUCCCCGGCCCCCUUGGCCCCUGGCGAGCGAGGCUGCCACCACGGCCCCGCACCCCCCGGUCGCCGACACCACUGCCGAUCCAAAGCCAAGCGCUCACGCCACCACCAGACCCCCCGGGCUGAAGCCCCUUGCUUCACCUCCCACCCGUCCCCCGUGCCACCCUCUGCCCCCUGGCCGCCCCCACCGGCCACUGCUCCCUUCCCAGCCAUGGUCCAGCCCUACCCUCUCCCGGUGUUCCCACGGGGAGGCCCCCACCCUCCUCCCUCCGCCCCUGCUUCCGGGCCCCCUGCAGCUUUCCCCGCCCCCCUAGUGACCCCGAUGGUAGCCUUGGUGCUCCCUAACUACCUGUUCCCGACCCCGUCCGGCUAUCCCUAUGGGGUACCCCAGACUCCCGCUGAAGGGCCUCCAACCCCGGCCUCCCACUCCCCCUCUCCGUCCCUGCCCCCACCGCCCCCCAGCCCUCCCCACCGGCCCGACUCUCCCCUGUUCAACUCGAGAUGCAGCUCCCCACUCCAGCUAAAUCUGCUGCAGCUUGAGGAGCCCCCCCGUGUUGAAGGGGGUGCUGUUGCAGGGGGCACUGGGAGCAGUGCUGGGCCCCCGCCUCCCAGUGAGGAGGCUGCUGAGCCAGAGGCCAGACUGGUGGAGGUAACGGAGUCCUCCAAUCAGGACGCCCUCUCGGGCUCCAGCGACCUGCUGGAGUUGCUGCUGCAAGAAGAUUCUCGAUCUGGCACGGGCUCCGCCUCCUCGGGCUCCGGCUUGGGCUCCGGGUCCGGGGCAGGCUCCCACGAGGGAGGCAGCACCUCAGCCAGCAUCACACGCAGCAGUCAGAGCAGCCACACGAGCAAGUACUUUGGCAGCGUUGACUCUUCUGAGGCCGAAGCCGGGGCCGCCCCGGCCAGGGCUGAGCCUGGGGACCAGGUCAUUAAGUACGUGCUCCAGGAUCCCAUCUGGCUGCUCAUGGCCAACGCCGACCAGCGCGUCAUGAUGACCUACCAGGUGCCCUCCAGGGACAUGGCCUCUGUGCUGAAGCAGGACCGGGAGCGGCUCCGGGCCAUGCAGAAGCAACAGCCUCGCUUCUCAGAGGACCAGCGCAGGGAACUGGGUGCUGUGCACUCCUGGGUCCGGAAGGGUCAGCUGCCUCGGGCCCUCGAUGUGAUGGCCUGUGUGGAUUGCGGCAGUAGCACCCGAGACCCCGGCCACCCUGAUGACCCGCUCUUCUCGGAACUGGACGGACUGGGACUGGAGCCCAUGGAGGAGGGCGGAGGCGAGGGUGGUGGUGGUGGUGGCGGCAGUGGCGAGGGUGAGGGCGGAGAGGAGGCCGGCGCUCAAGCUGGGGCCAGGGCCUCAAGCUCCCAAGACCUGGCCAUGGAGGAGGAGGAACAAGGUGGGAGCCCAUCCAGUCCAGCCUUACCUGCCACGGAAAAUGGCACCAGCUAGACCACAUUUUGAGGCCACCUCUGGGAGUGCAUGAGAAGCUUCCUUCUCCCUUCUUCCACCUCUCAGAACCAGCCGUGGCUGGACCAACCGAUAGGAAACUGCCCCAGCUUCUCCCGCUUAGGGGGCCGGACCCCCAUCAGCAGCCCAGGAUCCAGGGGCAGCUUCUGGCUUCUUAGGAUACAGAGGGUGGGACUCUUCAGCCAGCCCAGCCCAGCGAAGCCUCCUCUCCCGCCGCUGGUGAGGAGACCUUCCUUCCCCUGGACAAGGCUGCUGACGAGCUGCUGAAGUGGUCUCUCCAAGCCCUGGCUGAGCCCAAGUCCAGGUCCCUGAGGGUUGGGGCUACACUUAUUUAUUGGGGGAGACAGCUCGCUCUCCCACCUCCUUCCUAGAAGGGAGGAGGAGGGCCCGAGGCCCAAGCAGGACCCAGCGGUCCAAACCCCUAGCUGCUCCAGGGUGGGGGACGUUGGUGGACCAUGGAGUCCCUGGUGCUGCCCCUCAGGUGGGACCCAGGUGUUCUCAGCUGUACCCUCUACCGAUGGCAUUUGUGUUUUUGAUAUUGUGUCU